GCGAGUUGAUGACCUUUAAUGGGUUUCGCCCCCUGGCUACCCAUCUCCAACCCCCAAUCCCGCCCCUCGAGACGAUGCCUUCCCCAACGUUUCCAGCAUAGGUUAGGGGAGAGACACACGCCGAGAGUUUUUUUUAGUUUUUUUUCCUCUUCUUUUUCAUUUUUGGGGGACCGAUUCUCGGACUAACUAGCGAGACGACACCUACUUACUUCUUGAGUUAGCCUUUCGAGUUGCGACUUUUCUCCCAUCUAGUUCCACACUUCAAGCCCGUAGACCUGUGUCGUGCUUUAGGCGUGCUAUUCCCGGCCGGUCUGCUUUGAAAUACCUUGUAUCCGAACAGAGGACGGGCCGCCCAUAAAACUACCUACGCUACCCCGUGGAGAACAGAUCUGCCAAUUGUCGGCAUCUACCCCGGAUUCCCCUACACUCCUCUUCGACAACCUCCAACCUCACGUCUUCCGUUCGUCCGGAACACCGAAAACCACAGUCCACAGCAGGCAAAAUGGGCUUGAAGGGCGACGAUAUCGCGAAGCACAACAGUGCCGACUCUUGCUGGGUCAUCGUCCACGGCAAAGCAUAUGAUGUGACGGACUUUCUGCCGGAGCACCCCGGCGGCUCCAAGAUCAUCCUCAAGUAUGCCGGCAAAGAUGCGACGGAAGAAUUCGACCCCAUUCACCCGCCCGACACCCUCGACAAGUACCUCGACCAGUCCAAGCACCUGGGCCCCGUUGACAUGGCCUCCGUGGUGGUAGAGACGAAGGACGAGGACCCGGAAGAGCUGGAGCGGCUAGAGAGGGUCGAGCAGAAGCCGCUGCUGUCCCAAUGCUACAACUUGAUGGACUUUGAGGCUGUCGCCCGCAGAAUCAUGAAGAAGACGGCCUGGGGAUACUACUCGAGUGCCGCAGACGACGAGAUCACGCUGCGCGAAAACCACGGUGCCUUCCACAGAAUUUGGUUCCGCCCGCAGAUCCUCGUCGACGUCGAAAAGGUUGACUUCACCACCACCAUGCUCGGCGCAAAGGUCGAUAUGCCCUUCUAUGUCACAGCCACGGCCCUCGGCAAGCUGGGCCACCCCGAGGGCGAGGUCCUGCUCACACGCGCCGCCCGCAAGCACAACGUCAUCCAGAUGAUCCCGACCCUGGCCUCGUGCUCCUUUGACGAGCUCAUGGACGCGGCCGAGGGCGACCAGGUCCAAUGGCUGCAGCUGUACGUCAACAAGGACCGCGAGAUCACCAAGAAGAUUGUGCAGUACGCCGAGAAGCGCGGGUGCAAGGGCCUCUUCAUCACCGUCGACGCGCCGCAGCUGGGCCGUCGCGAGAAGGACAUGCGCUCCAAAUUCACCGACCCCGGCGCCAACGUGCAGUCGGGCCAGGCGACGGACCAGAGCCAGGGUGCCGCGCGCGCCAUCUCGUCCUUCAUCGACCCCGCGCUGUCGUGGAAGGACAUACCCUGGUUCCAGUCCAUCACCAACAUGCCCAUCAUCCUCAAGGGCGUACAGCGCGUCGAGGACGUCAUCAAGGCUAUCGAGGCCGGCGUCCAGGGCGUCGUGCUAUCCAACCACGGGGGCCGCCAGCUCGACUUUGCGCGGUCCGGCAUCGAGGUCCUGGCCGAGACGAUGCCCGUGCUGCGCCGCAUGGGCCUGGAGAACGCCAUUGAGAUCUACAUCGACGGAGGUGUGCGCCGUGCCACCGACAUCAUCAAGGCCCUGUGCCUCGGUGCCAAGGGGGUUGGUAUCGGCAGGCCGUUCCUGUACGCCAUGUCCGGCUACGGCUUCGACGGUGUCGACCGCGCGAUGCAAUUGCUCCGCGACGAGAUGGAGAUGAACAUGCGCCUCAUCGGCUGCACGAGCAUCGAUCAGCUCAACCCAUCCCUCGUCGAUACCCGGAGCCUCUUCAACCACGGCUCGACGCCGGCAGACAACCUGGGUCUGGCCGUGUAUGACCCGCUGGCCACACCGGUGCAAAGGCCCAAGGCGCCCAAAUCUUCCAAGCUGUAAACCGGCUUUCGGUGAGGCUGGCGUGCAUGUAUGGUGAACAAACGUAGAGGUUCUUGGGAGUAGCCACAUACCUUUUUUUUUCUUUUCAAAGGGGGAAAGCAAGCAUGAAAUAUUACGAGACUUGAUCUACGCAUCAGAUGUAUGAUACAAUACACUACGAACAUGGCAAUAUACUCUGCAGGAUUGGAUGGUA